AUGAUCAUUCUGAUCCCUCGUCAACUCGGCAUCAUCACAGACAAAAUCCUGGAAAAAGAAGCGCCGUAUGGUGCAUUGGCUAUCUGGCUGCUUCUGAGCCUCAUCAGCGGCGAAUCAGGUCUGGGCCUCAUCGAGACGCUGGCCAAGAUCCCCAUCAAGCAAUUCUCAUACAGCCAGAUCACCAACGCGGCCUUCAGCCACGUCAUGAACCUUUCAAUGGAGUUCCACUCUGAGAGAGACUCGGCAGAAGUCAUGAAGGCCAUUGAGCAGGGCGAGGCUCUCAGCAAUCUGCUGGAGACCGCGGUGAUUGACAUCCUCCCGACCGUGGCGGACAUGUUCAUCGCCCUCUGGUUCCUGUACUGGAAGUUCAACGCCUACGUCUCCCUGGCCAUGCUCGUGGCCUCUGUGGCCUUCACCACCUUGGAAGUCGUCACCUCGAACAUGAAUCUCGCGAAUCGCAGGGCCUCGAGCAAAGCCGAACGAGAGGAAGCGCGAAUCAUGCAUCAGGCUGUUCAGGGAUGGCAGACCGUCACGUAUUUCAACAUGUUCAUGUUCGAAAAGCGCCGUUUUGGCCAGGCUGUGGACUCGCAACUUGCCGCUAGCCGUAAGUACGAGGUCGGCGACGCUUUUAUACAGGCCCUCCUCGAGGCGACUGUACCAGCUACUUUUUUCGUGCUGGCGUGUCUGGUGCUGUACGAGAUCUCUCACGGCCGAGCUUCCGCGGGAGAUUUCGUGUUGCUUUUGUCGUACUGGGAGUACCUGGUCUGGCCUCUCAAGUUCCUGUCCCACAAUUACCGGUACUUGAUGUCGGACCUCGUGGAUGCCGAACGCCUCCUCAACCUCUUGCAGACCAAGUCAACCAUUGUUGAAAAGGAAAGUGCCAGGGAUCUCACUCCCGUGAAAGGUCACGUCACAUUUGAAAAUGUCGGAUUUGCGUACGAUCCGAGGCGACAGACUAUCCAACAGCUUGAUGUCUCGGCAGCACCAGGAAAGACCAUUGCUUUGGUUGGAGAGACAGGCGCCGGAAAGUCAUCAAUCAUGAAACUGCUUCUCCGAUUUUACGACGUAACGAGCGGUCGCAUCACCAUUGAUGGCCAAGACAUACGCAAUGUCACCCUGUCUUCGCUCCGCGAAGCCCUCGGCGUGGUCCCCCAAGACCCCUUGCUCUUCAAUGCGUCAGUCUUGGAAAACUUGCGAUACGCACGGCCGACUGCGACAGAUGAAGAGGUUUUCGAGGCGUGUCGGGCUGCCGCAAUCCACGAGCGGAUCCUUACGUUUGCCGACGGCUACGACAGUAAAGUCGGCGAGCAGGGAGUCAAGCUCUCGGGUGGGGAGAUACAGAGACUCGCCAUUGCGCGGGUAUUUCUGAAGGACCCGCCCAUCCUCAUCCUCGAUGAAGCGACGAGUGCAGUCGAUACUAUGACUGAGGCCAAUAUCCAGCAUGCUUUGGAGACUUUGAAGAGUGGAAGGACGACAUUUGUAAUAGCGCAUAGGCUCUCAACUGUUGUCAACGCAGACAGGAUUGUGGUUAUUCACGAGGGUAGAGUUGUGGAAAGUGGUACUCAUGAAGAGUUGUUAUCACAAGGGACUAGGUACAAGGAUUUGUGGACAAGACAGGUUGGCGGUGCAUCAGAGAAGAACAGGGUGUGA